AUGCAUCAUUUUAGUUCACGACCACUUCCAGACACGCCUCUUGCCCGUCUAUCCUUAGCCAAGUUCUCCCAUGUCACCACAUCGUUGAAUCACAGAGGCCCAUUGAAUUGGGGCCAUAUUAUAGGGAACAAUGAUCUUGCAGCCACUUUCGAAAAGCCCCAGGCCACGAACAGCUCGUCUAGCAGUAGUAUUCUCCUAAGAAUCUCUCGAUUCCACGAUAUCAUUGAAGAGCUCGAUCUCUCCUUCUUUGCUAUAGCUGCAACAAAAGCUCCAGCUCAGCCUGCUCAGGGCCAAGCAUCGAAGCCAUUAUUCGCCGUCGUUGUCAAGCUACCCUGUCUGGCAGUAAAAUACCCUCGCGGAAACAUGAUUCGCCGCUUUCAGAUCAAAUUCUCCGCUGAAAGGGAUUACUAUGCAGCUCUCGCGAUCCUCAGCGAAAUGAACUGCCCAUUUUCAGAAGCCAGUCCCGCCCCCAUGCAUCAUAAACAGACCUCCUCGCAGUGGAACCCAGGAUCAUUCAGACGUGGCUCCAUGUCAAGUGAGCUGACAGUACCGAAUGCCAUAAUACCUUCCAACAACAGCGUUGAUUUCCCUGUGUACGCACCAGGCACAUGUGCCCCUCUACCGACGCCCAGCGCCACAGCAGGCACAUCGAUAACGUCCGCAUCUUCAUCCACCCUAGGGACCAGCCAUCCGUACCAAACGACAAGUACACCCAGCAGUCUCGCCAAGUACAUGUAUACAGACAGUAGCCUUACGCGAUCCCUCAAUGGCCAACGUCCACCCUCUGCCUCACAAAUCCAAGGCAUUUCGGAGGCUGACCCGUCCAGACCUUCUACUGCUACCUUACCCUUGGAGACAUCAAACCUGGACCCGCCUCCCGUGAGGGUUCUCCCAUUUUCCAGACCGCUCAUGAAGAGGACACACACAAUCGCCACGACCGGCAUCCCCGCUGGGAAUGUGGCAGCAUUUGGAAGCACAGUGUCUACACCAUAUCCAGAACUAGCCCCUCUGUCUUCUGCCGCAAACAAGACACAACCUUGGCCCUCAACGAACCUCCCAACCCAAGCUGAAACUCCCCGAAUCACCGUCCUGAAGUACUCGAACCCAGCCGCACAACUCCCAGCCCCAGCAGCUAACCCAGGCGGGUCCCAGCCAGUCCCUAGAGUUCCCAUGCCCUCUUUGCCCUCCUAUCCAGGCCUCAUCGCAACCCCAAGCAACGAGCAGCCAACUAUCUCCUGUGACCAGCACCAGAAGCACUAUUCUCUCGAAUCAGCUAUAAACAACAUCCCCACCACCACAACAGCCGAAGCCACGCAGCAAGAGCCACCCCGGGGAAAACAACUGCUGCAGCUGCAGAACAUACCACUCCCAACCCCGGAAGAUCUCGCAUCAUAUGGUUCAGCAUCCACGACAGAGCGUAUGCAGCUCGUCGAGUCCUGGAUCUGUCGUCACGUAGAAGACGAUGCCUUUCUCAAGCUCUGUGAAGACGUGGAGGGCAUAUGGCAGCGAAUGAAGUUGGGGGUGAGCAAAGGAGGUACGUGA